CUUGUCAGUUGGCAUUUCAGAGUGAAACACUGACUCACUGCUGUCAAUAUGGCAAGUCUGUUCACCGUUGUGGCCCUGCUUGCUGUGCUGUCCGGAGGGUUAUGUGAGGAGAAAACCUUUUUGCAGCGAGCCGGUGCUGCCUUUAGCACAAGACACUACAAAUCUAUGCUUACUGUGAACAACGGGGAGCAGUUUGGAAACUGGACCUGGCCUGAGAUGUGUCCUGACCAGUUCUUUGCUGUUGGCUUCAGUAUCAGGGUGGAGUCUAACCAGUAUGGGGCUGAUGACACUGCCCUGAACGGCAUCCGCCUCAUUUGUGCCAAAGACGGCAACCGAAGCUUCCUGUACUCGAUCGAAUCCCACACCGGCUACUUCGGUGACUGGUCCAGCCCACAGUACUGCCCCAGUGGUGUGCUCACCUCUUUCCAGAUUCGUGUGGAGCCCCAUCAGGGUCUGUUCGGUGACGACACGGCCAUGAACAACAUCAAGUUCCGCUGCAGCAGCAACCCGACGCUGGAGGGCCCCGGCAUGGACUGGGGAGAGUACGGCUAUUGGAGCCAGGAGUGUCUUGAUGGAGGAAUCUGCGGCAUUGAGACCAAGAUGGAGGAAUACCAGUAUGGCCUCGAUGACUCCAGCCUCAAUGAUGUGCGCUUUCAUUGCUGUGCCAAGUCUCAGCAGUAAAAGGUGAGGUGAGGUGAACACGAAGCCGACCUGAUGCAGUUCGUCUCCAAUGACCUGAACUCAAGGAUGACAAAUAAUAAAAAGUCUCAUUUGAA